GUCCCGGAGGGCGAUGGCGGCGCGCGGCGGGCGCUGGCUGCGGGCGCUGCGGGCGGCGGUGCAGCCGCUGUUCCAGGGCCGCGCGCUGCUCGCCACCAACACGCUGGGCUGCGGCGCGCUCAUGGCGGCCGGCGACGGCGUGCGCCAGGCCUGGGAGGUCCGCGAAAGGCCGGAGCAGAGAUUCGACCCGCGGCGCUCAGCCAGCAUGUUCGCCGUGGGCUGCAGCAUGGGCCCCUUCCUGCACGCCUGGUACCUGUGGCUGGACCGCCUGCUGCCCGCCUCGGGCCUCUCCGGCCUCCCCACCGUCCUCAAGAAGGUGCUCAUCGACCAGCUGGUGGCCUCGCCCGUGCUGGGCGCCUGGUACUUUCUGGGUAUUGGCUGGCUGGAGGGCCACACGCUGCACGAGAGCUGCCAGGAGCUGCGGGACAAGUUCUGGGAGUUCUACAAGGCCGACUGGUGCUUGUGGCCGCCCGCGCAGCUGGUGAACUUCCUCUUCGUGCCGCCGCAGUUCCGCGUCACCUACAUCAACAGCCUGACGCUCUGCUGGGACGCCUACCUGUCCUACCUGAAGCACCGGGUCCCCGCCGCCUCCGCCCAGCAGGGCUGACGCAGACCCGAGGACAGGGGCGCCGAGCUGGCCUGACCCCUCCAGCCCCCGACACCUGGCGAGGUCAGGCCCGACCCCAGCUGACCACUCGCCCUGCUGGAGGGGCCGAGCUGCCCCCUCCAAGGCCUCUGGGGGAGCAGA